AUGAAGCUCCUUUCCGUCCUCUUUGCGGCGUCCUGCGCCGCGCGCGCGGGCGCCGAACGCACCCAGGAAGCGCACAAACUGAAACCCGGCGCCGCCGACGCCUCGCUCCUCGUGGGCACGGCGACGCGCGACUGCACGGGCCCGUCGACCGAGUACCUCUUCAUGGGCAUGGCGAACCCGUCGCAGCACGGCCAGGGCCUCUGGACGCGCCAGUUCGCCCGGGCCUUCGUCUUCGUCGGCGACGGCGGGGGCCGCGCGGCGUUCGUGUCCGUCGACAACGCGAUGAUCGGCCACGUGCUCAAGUCCAGGGUGCUGGCCAAGGUCGGCGACGCCCUCGGCGACAACGCGACCUACACCUACGAGAACGUCGUGCUGAGCGGGACGCACACGCACAGCGCCGCGAGCGGCUUCCUCCAGCACAUGAUCUUCCAGCUCGCCGGGAGCGGCUACCUUCCCGAGACCGUCGAGGCGCUCGCGUCCGGCGUCGCCGAGGCGCUCGUCGCCGCCCACGCCGACGCCACCAAUAAAACGGCGACCAUGCGCGUCGCGACGUCCCAGCUCCGGAACGCGUCCGCGAGCCGGUCGCCGUCGGCGUACCUGCUGAACCCCGCGGACGAGCGCGCCGCGUACGACGGCGACGUCGACACGGACUUUACGCUGCUGCGCGUCGACGACGCGGCGACGGGCGACCUGCGGGCCGUCGCGACGUGGUUCGCCGUGCACCCGACGUCCAUGAACAACACGAACGGCCUCGUGAGCUCCGACAACAAGGGCCUCGCGUCCGUGCUCCUCGAGCGCGUUUUGAACCCCGGCGCGGCCCCGGGCCGGGGCGCCGUCCCCGCGGCGUUCUGCUCGGCGAAUCUGGGCGACGCGACGCCGAACAUCGUCGGCGCGUUCUGCCGCGACACGGGCGAGCCCUGCGACGUCGACACGUCGACGUGCCCCGGCGCGUCGCCCUGGCCCUGGUCCAACGCGACCCUGAUGCGCAACGAGCAGUGCUCGUCCGUCGGGCCGGGCCGGGACAUGUUCGACUCCUGCGCGAUCAUCGCGGGGCGCCAGGUCGACGAGGCGGCGGCGCUCCUCGCCGGCGGCGGGUUCGCGGACCUGUCGUCGCGGAUCCGCGUCGCGCACGCCUUCGUCGAGAUGCCCGGGCGCGCGGUCGUCGACUGGAAGACGGGCGCCCCGCUGGGAAAACUCUGCGACGCGGCCAUGGGCCAGUCGUUCGCCGCGGGGACGAUCGACGGCCCGGGCCAGUUCGACUUCUCGCAGAACUCGACGUCGCCGAACCCGUUCUGGAAGCUCGCGGCCCGCGUCCUGCACAAGUCGACGCCGGAGCAGGCGGCGUGCCAGGCGCCGAAGACGAUCCUCAUCCCGACGGGUUCGAUGUCGACGCCGCACGCGUGGGCGCCGUCGGUGCUCCCCGUGCAGCUCCUCGACCUCGGCGGCCUCGUUGUGGCCGCCGUGCCGACGGAGAUGACGGCCAUGGCGGGGCGGCGCGUGAAGCGCAUGCUCCGGGCCAAGUUCGGCGAACACGCGGCCGUCGUCGUCGCGGGCCUGAGCAACGAGUACGCCGACUACACGGCGACGUUCGAGGAGUACCAGGCCCAGCGCUACGAGGGCGGCUCGACGAUCUACGGGCCGCACCAGCUCGACGCCUACCUCGCCAUCCUCGCGGACCUCGCGGACGCCGUGCUCGGCGGCGACCCCGUCGACCCCGGCCCGAUGCCCGCCGACUUCUCCGCGGACAUCUGGGCCUGGGGCGAGAAGCAGCCGUCGGAGGAGACGCCCCCGGACGGGGCCAACUUCGGCGACCAGCUCGCGGCGAGCUGGGACGCGGCCGCGCGGAACCUGACGGCGUCGUUCGUCGGCGGCGACCUCAAGCACGACCUCAAGCACGGCGGCACGUACCUCGAGGUCCAGCGCGCGGCGGGCGACGGCUGGGCGACGGUCUUCGUCGACGGCGACCCGGAGACGCGCAUCCGCCUGGCCGUCGUGAAGCACGGCUUCCUGGACCGCCACCACUACCUCAACGCGACGAUCUCCGCGGAGCUCGCGGACGCGGGCACCUACCGCGUCCUCUACCACGGCAACGCCUACGUCGACGGGAAGGUCGUGGCCUUCACGGGCACGUCCGCGAACGCGACGGUCUAGUGGAUGCGGGUAAUAGAGCGGGUAACAU